UUUACCCCAAUACACAGAGAGAGCGGGUAUUCUCGAAACUUGAAUUUUAUGGAGAGGAGAAAAAUGGUGGAAAAAGAACCAAAGGUUAUAGCAGAGGAGAUAAGGAGGGAUCGAGAAGAAGUACUGGUGUCUCUCAUUGAACAGCGUACUAAGGAUGUUGAAAAUCUUCGCAAACGCAUCUCUUAUUACACUUCUCAGCUUGAUCAAGCAGAGAGGAAUUUAGAGGAGUCACAACAGAAACUUGCUGGUCUCCGGGCCCAGGUCAAUGUGGCAAUAUCCACAAGCUCUCAUGGGAAUGACUUGGAUCCGGUGAAAGCUAAAAUAAGAUCCGUCAGUCCUAUUCAGAUAAGUGAUGAUUCUUCUGAAAGCCUCUCUGAGUGUAAGCCUCAACCUGACAAAGACAUCACAGCUAGAAAAUCUUCAGCACUUGAUAAAAAAAUAGCAAGCCCUUUUCAGGAAAACAAUGAUAAUUCCGCGAAGCCGCCCACGGCUAAACCAUUACUUAUCAUUCCUGACGUGAGACCAAAGGUUUCUCAGCCUUUGAAGAUGGUAGAACCUAGUCCUGUCCCAUGUGGAUCUGAUCCUUGUGCUGGAGGAUCAGGUUUUAAUUUUCGUAACACUCGCAUUGCAAGGUCAAAAGCAGAUAAUAUUGUGGAAAUCCCUCCUGAUGUUGUAGCUGCUGAGAUUCAACCUAAAGGAACAAAAAGGAAGUUUGAACAGAAAGAGCGUAAAGAGUUGAUUCCAUUGAUAGGUAGCUCCUCUUCAGCAAGCAAGAUCCAUUGCCAGACGUGCAAUUUCAUACCUAGUCAACACAAGCGAAAGAUGAGAACUAUUGUCUUGUGCCCUACGAAUGAUCAACUUUUUGCGAGCAGUGCUCUGGAUGGCGUUGUCAACUUGUGGCAGGUGCAGGACAUGGGGUCAAGUGCCAAUCUUGUCAGUAGCACAGAUUGCAUUUCGCGCGAGGGUAGAAGAUGGCCAGAAGAUGUAGCAUGGCAUCCGAAAGGCACUAGUCUCUUUUCUGUGUACAGCGCUGAUGGUGGGGAUUCACAAAUUUCAAUCUUGAAUCUUAACAAAGGAAAAGAGAAUACGCGAGUAAAUUUCUUGGAGGAGAAGCCUCAUGUCAAAGGAAUCAUUAACAGCAUAAUGUUCAUGCCAUGGGAAGAGGACUGUUUUGUUACUGGUGGUAAUGAUCACGCAGUUGUCUUGUGGACCAAUAAAGUUGGAGAAAAUUCAUGGAAGCCUAAAGUGUUGCCUAAAGAGCAUUCUUCUGCUGUAAUGGGAGUUGCCGGUUUGCAGCAUAAGAAAGUUGUGAUGUCUGCUGGUGCCGAUAAACGUAUAUUAGGAUUUGAUUUACCAGCUCAGAGAGUAGAAUACAAACAUCAACUAGAAAGCAAAUGCAUGAGUGUCCUCCCUAAUCCACAUGACUUGAAUCUUUUUAUGGUUCAGACAGGGACCUUAGAGAAACAGCUUCGCUUGUUUGAUUUUAGGUCGAGGCAAGCCGAGAUUCAUUCCUUUGGGUGGAAACAAGAAAGCAGUGACUCGCACUCGGCUCUUAUAAAUCAGGCUUGGUCACCCGAUGGUUUGUCCAUUUCAUCUGGCUCUGUUGAUCCUGACAUUCACAUAUUUGAUAUACGGUACAAUUCUCACAAACCUUCCCAGUCCAUUAGAGCUCAUCAUAAGCGAGUCUUCAAAGCUGUUUGGCACCACACUCUCCCGCUCCUCAUUUCUAUAUCUUCUGAUUUGAACAUUGGAUUGCACAGAAUUUUAUGAGGUGCUUCCUUUUCUUUUUAGCCCUUAUUGUCCCCAGACCCCAUUCAUUUUGGAAAUCAUUACCGCGAAGCCAUAUUGAGCCCUUAGAUCAAAGAAAUUCAUUGCGUGGGUUUGAUACAGCAGGCGAUUUGAAAAGAAAAUGUUAAGGAGUGUCAUCUUUUCCUGUGCCUUGUUCUGCAUUCAAGCUGUUAAGUUCAGAAGCAUUUCACCUCUUUGUUAGCUCAUAGGGAGAAGUUUUAUUUUGUGUCUAUACAACUGACACUAGUUGUAUGAGGCUUCUUUUUGUCUCACAAAAUUGUGGACACCAAUCUUACACUGCUGGGUCCAUAGAAUUCUGGGUCCACAAAACUGUGAGACAAAAAGUUGCCUCAUACAACUAGCGUAAGUUGUAUGAGACACAAAAUAAAAUUUUUCGCUCAUAGGUCUGUCAAUUAAUUGACUGCUAUAGCCUAUAGGCACUCCCGGGGGUGGGGUGAUGUAGAGUUUGGAGAGUUGAAAUGACAAUCUUGACAACCAAGUACCACAUUAAAAUCCAGUAGAAACAGACACUAAAUGAGUUGUUAUUGUCUGUCUAAUCUUAAGUAGGUAGAGUUACCCAAUAUAUAUGUGGGAGAUAGGAGAUAUUUACGUGAAUGAGAUGAAUACAUGUUGUCCAGGACAUAACCGUUAUAAAAAAACAAAAAUGACUGUUGAAAGUUGUCUAAUGUAAUGGACAUGUCGCCAGCAUUCCGUCCUUGUUUUAGACAUAUCCUUUAGUGGUUGACCUCUUGACCGUUGACCACUAACUUGACUUUGAUAUACCAACUUAGAGGUAUUAAAAUGUGUGCAUCAAAGUUAGUGUAUGAUAAGUAUGUGUGAAUACUGUGACAGACUAUUUGCAUGUUUUGGUGCAUAAAUGAGAUUGGUUAAAUCAAGAAAAAAGUUUUGAGUAGUAAGUCGUCGUUGAAGACUUCAAGUAGUGUUUUUCUA